GACAUGACGGGGACGCAGUUUCUGCCCUGCACAGCCAAAAGUCCGCUCCAUGCGAGGGGAGAGCGAAGUUCAUAAAAAGGGAUUAUUUUUAUUAUUAUUAUUUGAAUCCGGGGGUCUGCGGCUGAGACGCCCUCGGCUGCCACCACCACCUCCUAUUCCGGAUUUUACUUCCUGGGAUUUGGGAUUUUACCGCUUUUUAUCGCCGAGAUGGAGAGCCGAGAUUUCGCUCCUCCGCACCACCUCCUGACGGAGCGCAGCGCGCUGGUUCACAGCGCUGCGUCUCGGAUGGCGCCGGGCGGCCACGGCUCCGUGCAGCACCCGGCGCACUUCCAGCCCGGGAAAUACUUCUCAUCCCACAUCUCCAUGGCUGCGCACUCAGGUGCUUCCUUCAUGGGUUCCUUUCUGGCCAGCAGUCUUGGUUCUCCGCCUUCUCACCCUCCUCACCCCUCAGGACCUGCGGCCUCCCCUUCUUCCCCGUCAUACAGGGCUGGACCCCAUUCAAGCGCUUCCCCAAUAUGGUUCCCCCACUCCCAUGAAGGGUACCCCGGCUAUUCAGGAAGUCUUGCUUCUCCUUUUCUCCCCAUGAGUCCCCUGGAUCACCAUAGCAACAAUCUCUAUGGACAGCACCGCUUCUACGAAACUCAGAAAGAUCACUUUUACCUUCGAGGCCUUCCUCCUCAGCCACCAUUGCUCUCAGCCAAUCACAGCCUUCCCCCUUUGUCCAGGACUGCACCGGGCCACCCUCUGGGCUCCUGCAGCCGUGAGACAGACAAUGGGGGUGGAGGAGGCAGUGGGAAGGGCACCAAAGAUGUGGGCGAGAAAGGAGUUUCAUCUGCCUCCAAAGACAAGGAGCGGUCGAGCAGCAAGGAGCGGCACCAGGAGAGUAAAGACAAACAGCACCAGCAGCUGCACCAUCAACACUCUCAUCAGACAAACCCUGCCACCACUCCAUCUGGCUACCAUCACCAGGCGUACUCCCGCCCCCUCCAUGCCCUCCUCCCUCAUUUAACAUCGCAGAGCAGGGAGGAGGAGCACAGACAUUCUCUGGAGAGACACAAAGAUUUUAGAGACAGUGAUUUAGGGAGUCACGGGACAAAAAAUGUGUCUACAUGUAAACUAUCAGGUGGGUCAGUGUCCGAAAGUGGUUCUGGAGGCAAAGGGGGAGUCAUGAGCAGCUGUAGUGGUGGUGGUGCUAUAGGUAGACCUGUGUCUGGUGGUAGCAGACGCUGCUCCAAAGAUGGACCCAUAAAUGGGGAGAUGCGGAUCAGUGAAUCCACAGCCUCCUCCUCUGAAUGUAUGAGACGGGGAACUGUUGCACCCACAGCCAUUUUGGCACCACCCACUCCACACACGGUGGCCUCUUACUCAAUGCCCCCGCCUCCUCCACCACCACCCCCUCCUCACGCCCUGCACAUGGGCUCCACAGUUACUGGAGGAUGGAUACACCACGCACAUCACCAUCCUCACCCUGAAUUUUUCUGCCCCCCUCUUACACUUACUCCCUCCAAAGACACCACAUCUAUUCCUGUAGGCUCUGCCCGGGAAGCGAAAGCCAUCGGGCCAACUUAUGUUCCUUCUGUUGGACCUUUAGGAGAGCUGGCAGCCCCUGACUGCCGUGGACCAGGAGCAAGCAGGAAGGGAGAUGACAAAUGUGGGGAAGGAAACUUUGAAAGUCCAUCCCAUCACCUCAGUCGACUUAGCAGCUGCCAGAAGAAGGACAAAUCGCAGACACACCAGCAGCAGCUGGGAUACGGCAAGGCUGACAGACCACCUGACUGGACUCACCAGUCACAGAACUUCCACAAACCCAACUCUAACAUCAGCUCUCAGUCAGAGCUGCGGUCCUGCAGCCUGGAGAGAGCGUGGUCUAGAGAUGUGGACAUUGUAGAUAAUUACCGAUCCUCACUUUCACUAGAUGUCCAGGGAACACACCCUGGAGCUGGACAGGGUUCUAGGAGUGGUUCUGACAGCACCACUCCUCCUUUCAGGGACUGUUCUUACUCAGGUUCCCAACCUGAUGUAAAAGUGGGAUCAGGGUCUCACCGGGAAGGCCAAAAAGUUGCAAGGAUAAGACACCAGCAGCACAGCAGCCAUGGGGCAAGUACAGAAGAUAGAGCAAGAGAAGGUGGUCAGACAGCCCCUUCCUGGGGUUCUCGAGAGGGCCACCAGGAGGACCAAAGAAAAGGUUCCCAUCAUCCCUCUGUCAGUAGUAGUGAAGUACGUGGUCUCAGGAAAACCCAAAAUAAUGACCACAACCAUGUGAAUUCCCAACCACCUCCCCCUCUCUCCCACUCAUCUCCACACACGCCUGAGGAUGAGAGCAGUGCCAUGAAGAACCUGAUGAACUACAGUUCCCAGCAGCCUCUGCUGCUGCCACAGCGUAGCCCCUUUGGAGGUUUGGGCUGCCUUAAGCAGGGCGGAGACAGAUCAGAUAAAGAUGACAAAGGUGUAGCUAAAAGCCACAUCCCCUCGCAAGACCACCCUAAACAGCCGCUUCCUCCUCGCCGAAGAUCUUCUAAUGAUGGAGAUCGGGGUGAGAGAAGCGCCAAAGACUCGGGAGACAUUGGGGAAGGGGAGGUGCGGCAGCCUCCGGUUGGUAUUGCUGUUGCAGUAGCCCGACCUCCUCAUCGCUCCCCAGACACCACCCCUGGACUCAGCAGACAAGGCAGAGUGCUGCCCAGCAUGAAAGGGGUAUCACGUCCAGUUUAUCCUCUCGGACGGGAGGCAGAAGAGAGGAAGAGGAUGACGGAGGAGCACAUAGGCCUUCAUCAUCUGGACAGGGAGAGAGAAAUAAUCAUCAGGGAAAACAAGGAUCGAGUGGAGUUCGCCAGAAUCCAUCCUUCCAGCAGCUGCCACGGGGACCUGACCUCCCACCUCUUGGUUACGGGCGGGGCCAGCCAAUUAGGGGCGGACCCAGCUGCACACGCUCAUCCGGCUCAUCACCACUGGAUGCAGAGAACUGGCAGCCCCUCCCUCUGGAUGGGGCAUUCUUACGGUCUAGGCCAUGUGGGAAUGGGUCCAGGUUUCCCGACCGGGUUGCCCAGCCCACUGCAGCCUGUCCUGGGUUCACUCACCCAAGACCCCAACUCCCCGCUGGUGGUUCUUCCUACAGAGCCUGGGCCUCAUCAUCAUCUCGAUGUUCUGGAGCAAUCUGGUCUAUGGCCUCCUGUGUAUGGAGCCCGGGCCCACCCUCCCCACCUGCAGCAUCAUCCUGUCUACUCCCGCUCCUCAUUCCUCCGUCAACAGGAGCUCUACGCCCUGCAGCACCAGCAGCAGCAGCGGGCCCUGGAGCACAUGCAGCAUCACUCUGUUGGACAGAAAAAACACGAUGAACAUCCCAUCACAAUCGAAGACUCCCCUGAGACUUCUGCAUCCAGAACGCCUCCUACGUCCUCCUCGUUUUCAUCCACCAACUCUUCACAUGCAGCCAAACCCUUCUCUCACACUCCACCCCCAACAAAGACCCCCACACCGUCUCCAGGAAUGUGUCCCACCAGCCGACAGUCACCCUGCUACCACUCUCCAUCCAGGCGGCCACACCCACAGAAUCCUCUGACUCCCGCACCGAGCCCCGCAGCUGCAGCACCCCGAUCUCCGGCACUUAGUCCAGCUCCGUCACACCUGUCCAAAGGUCUGGACAGGGGAAGUGACAGGGUGGAGGGGCAGCCGCCUCAGGAUUACCCACAAUCUCUAGAGCCAGACCUGCCACCGGUUUACUCCUUUCCUCCCAUCACCAUGAGUUACGAGGCUGGACCUUCACCUGCUGAGGCCAGAUUAGCUGAGCAAGCCACGGUGGAGGCGGAGCCAGCAGAGACAGACUCCAAGUCCCUCCCACAUACACACAUCAUCCAGUCUUUAACGGAGGAGGAGGAAAGCAGUAAGAAGGCACAGGAGAAUGAUGGGAGAGACUGUCAGGUGGUGGAAUGUCAGAGUGGAGUCAUUGACCAAGAGAGCUGGGAAAGCAGGGCAGAUAGAGGAGGACGCUCUCUCUCUGAGCCAGAAAGCAAGAUUUCUGGAUCUCUGCCAUGUCCUUCCCCAACUCCAGCCCUAGAUCCAGGCUGCCCAGCCCCAGCCACAGGCAGCACCCACAAAGUGGAGUUCUCUCUGGGGUGUCAGGGCCAAGAGGGCAGCCUGGAGGAGCCCCAGACACCCAAAGAUCCACCCAAGGAGCAGCAGAAGGAGGAAGAAGAAGAGGAGGAGCAGGAAUUGGAAAUUGUAAAAGAGGACAAAGGGGAGGAUGACGAGGAGAGGAAGGAGUCUGACCCAACUGAAUGUACUGUUCCUGCGCCUGGAGACCCCCACCGGCAAAAUGAUGAUGAGGAGGAGGAGGGUGGGAACAAAGAUAGAGAGAUUGUAGAAGUAGAGGAGGUGGGAGUGGGUUCAGAUGAGGACUUGGUGGAGGUGAGUCCACCUGCUCCACCUGCGCCUCCUGCAGCUCGUGACUCCGUCCUCCAGUCUUCAGCCAGCACAGCAGCUCAGUUCCAAGGAGCCUACAUGUGGAGUCUGGAACUUCUGAUUGCUGCCACCCUGUGCGCAACCAGAGAUGCCUUGUACCCACCAGUACCUGUGGUCCAGGCCCCGAGCCCACCACCCAACCACGGCAUGGAGAUACUGGGAGAGUUGGCCGAGCUGGAGAUUCAGCAGAGGAGCAGAGGGAGCGAGGGGAACGCUGCUGAAGGUGAGGACGCACUCACCCUUGACCUCCACAGUUUGGCCACGCUUGCUGCAGCCCGUGCCCUGGAAAUGGGCAGAGAUGUCGUGGAUGUGGGCACGGAGCAGCAGUGUCCAAUCAGAAAGAGGCUCAACCUACGCAGGAAAUGCAGCUGGACGCCUCGCCAUGAGCCGGUGUGCCCAGUGAAGGGCUCCAUGGAGACGAUGGGAGGGGAGGAGUUGUCCAUGCGUGUCCAGCUGGCUGAGCUACAGCGACGAUACAAAGAGAAACAGAGAGAACUGGCCAAGUUACAGAGGAAGCCCGACCACCAGAAAGAGGAGACGUCUCGAAGCCCCGCUCGCCGGGGGCCUGGUCGCCCCCGCAAGCGCAAGUCCACCCCCGGCCCAGCUGCCGCUGCAGCAGCAGCAGAGGGCUCCAAGAGACUCAGGGCCGAGCUGAACUUGCUGGAUCAUAAAGCCAGGAAAAAAAUGUCCAGUCACAGUUUCAGCAGCUCACAGAUGAAAUCUUGUUGCAAGCACAGAGGACGACCCAGCAGCACCCUGAGCUCCAGGCUGGCCAGACGCGUCACCCAGCUGAAGCAAAAGGCUGCAGCCCAGCAAGGCACAGCAUCUGCUGGGUCGCUGCACCGCAGAGCUGACCUCGGAGCAGAGGAGACGUCCAAGAGCCAGUGCAGACCUGGAGGGAAAGAAACUCAGCCGGACUGGGCAGCAGCUCAGAAGAAGAAGAGAGGUCGGAAACCCAAAGUGCUGGCUGGUGUUGAAGCUCAUCACAAGGACGGCCGCAAUUCUGACAAACGUAGAGUUCGGGAAGAGAGGAGUGACACUGAGAGUUCAGAUCACGAGGAGGAGGACGAUGGCAGUUACGACAGUGAUGAUGGAGCCGGAGAACAUAAGACGAGCUCACCCUUCAAAGAAAUACCCACAAGACCUUAUUCUUUACUGUCCUCCAAGUCCCAGGCCAAUCAGAAGGCCAGGUGUAAGAGACCAGGACCAACAGGCCCAGAUGGCAUGUCCAGUAUGGCUCAACAACGACCAAGCCCUGCUAAUGCAUGUUCAAACCACCAGGGGACUAAAAGAGCUUCUCUGCCUAGUUGGGGUUUACCUUCAGUGGGUCAUCCAUUCGGAGAUGGACGGGUCAACCAUAGAGCUCUGACCCAAGGUCACAGGAGUAGCAAGGAGGCUAUGAGGAGGUCUACGUCAGGACAAGGAAUUUUGGCCAAGGCCAAGGGUCACGCCGUGAGCCGCCUCCUGCAGAGCUUUGCAACCGACGACGGCUUUCGGUUAGAUGAGGAAAGCAGCUUCUCUGAGGGAGAUGAUGAAGAGGAGGAGGAGGAUGAAGAGGAGGAAAAGGAUGAAGCAGCCAAUGAGAAGAAGUCAAUUCAACUUCCUCCUAAUAUGCCAUGCAGAAUACCUGCUCUCCCCAACUGUGUGCUGAGUAAAGAGAUGCUGGUAGAUGGUCUGAAGAUCCUCAUCUCCAAAGAGGACGAGCUGCUCUACGCCGCCUGUGUCCAGACUUUGGAUCUACCUGACAUAUUCAGUGUUGUAAUUGAUGGAGAACGAGGGAAUCGGCCCAGGAUCUACUCGUUGGAGCAGCUCCUGCAGGAAGCAGUUUUAGAUGUUCGGCCGCAGUGUGAAACCAUCCUGACUGCAGGGACAAGAGUUUGCGCCUACUGGAGUGAACGUUCUCGUUGUCUCUACCCUGGAUAUGUCCACAGAGGAGGCCCAGGUGAACCUGAGAAGGACGGUGGUGUGAUGGUGGAGUUUGAUGAUGGAGACAGAGGAAGGAUCUCACUUGCCAACAUCAGACUCCUGCCUCCUGGAUACCAAAUACGCUGUGCUGAACCCUCCCCAGCUCUUCUGAUCUCACCUGGUCGCCGUGGUCGACGAAGCUCCAUCCAUGAGAAGAAAGACGCAUCAACGGAGAAGUCAGCCAAUGAAGAAGCCUCGGGGAAACCACAGGAGAAAAGACCAGUUGGCAGGCCCAAGAAGAUUCACGCGGUGCCUAAGACUAGCAGCGCGUCCACCUCCGUAACAGAGACUGUAACAAAAAACAUCCCGUCUCUGUUGAACUGGUCUGCUCCCAGGAAAAGACCGCCGGUGGACUUCUUCCUCUUCAAUGGCACGUCACGCAAGACCCAGAGGAGAAUACGAGAGCGAGACUUGGGUUUGUUCCACCGACCCUCCUCCCAUCCUCUCCUGCCUCCAGCACCAAUCAAAGGCAUCUUUGGUUCUCCUUUUGCUGUGGACUCCUUUAGCAGCAUUGCUAACGGUUACUCAACCUUUGGAAGCUGCGGUGCUGGGAGACCAGUCACCGCGGUUGCUCCCCUGGGGCUCUGUGAAUCCUCCUCCUCCUCUGCCUCCUCUUGCACCUCACCUGUCACCAUGGCUUUGACAGACAGCAGUAGGAAGCCACUAAGUGAACGGGACAGGAAACAGUACCUGGUGAAGCUUGACCAUGAGGGAGUCACAUCUCCCAAAACAAAAAACGGUAAGGCCCUGCUACGAUUCGGAGGUGGAGGUAGAGCAGGGAAGAGUGUCAGCUCUUCAGGGGCACCACUGAGGUACAUCCACCCGUCACUGUUAGUGAAGGACGGCAAGAAAACCCAAAGAGAGAGAGAUGAAACUGAGUCCGAGGCUCUUCGGAAGGGAGCUCCACCUUUGAGGAAGGAUCUUCUGUCAGGAGGCGCCAGUGUCCAAGGUGGAGAUUACAGUCUGGACUACGCCAGUGACUGUCCCAGCUCUUACUCUGAACUGGAUGAGGAUGACGAGGACGACGGUCAAGAUGUAGAAGUACGUAGAAGAAGUGCUGCCGUUGCCUCGCAUCGAGGCGGCCGGUUCCACUCCCGUCUCUCUGUGUGCUUCUCCUCGUCUUCAUCCUCCUCCUCCUCAUCCGGUUCCAUCUCUUCUUCGUCCCUCUGCUCCUCCGACAAUGACUCCUCUUACUCGUCCGAUGAGGAGUCCUCAUCGGUGCUGUUGCGCAGAGCUCUGCUCCAACAGGAUAAGAACAAACACAGGCAGAGCUCCAACCUGGUCAACUCCAACCCCACCACCUCCAGCUCCACUCCUGCCGCCUCAGCUCAAAGUCAAGGCUACGUGGCCAAAGCCAACAUGGCCUCGUCAGGAUCCAAGCUGAGGUCGGACAGAUCAGACGACAGGAAGGAGUUUGUGUCCAAGGGAAGUCUGGUUGUUAGCAGUAACACAACCAAGACUCUGAAACGGAAGGACGGCAUUCCCAACAGCCACCACCAGAGGCAGAGCAGUCCUGUCAACCAACAACAGAAACCUGUUGUCAACAAGGAAUCAUCAUCAGCUAAGAGGCAGAGGAUGUCAUCCCCCGAGCCUCACCCCAACCUGUCUCCUCUGUUGCAUGGACGCCAGCUGUGGAAAUGGUCUGGAAAUCCCACACAGAGGAGAGGUCUGAAAGGUAAAGCCCGCAAGCUUUUCUACAAAGCCAUCGUGAGAGGCAAGGAGACGGUGCGUGUCGGUGACUGUGCCGUGUUCCUGUCACCUGGCCGGCCGCAGCUGCCCUACGUGGGCAGGGUGGAGAGCCUGUGGGAGUCCUGGAGUUCCAGCAUGGUAGUCAGGGUCAAGUGGUUCUACCACCCUGAGGAGACUCGCCUGGGGAAGAGACACCGAGACGGCAAGAACGCCUUGUACCAGUCCAGCCACGAGGACGAAAAUGAUGUCCAGACGAUUUCCCACCGCUGCCAGGUGGUCAGCAAGGCUGAGUACGAUCUGCUGGUGCGAGAACGCAAACCAGACAGCCCAGCCAACGACCUCUUCUACUUGGCCGGAACCUAUGAACCAACGACUGGUCAGCUGAUCGGUGUGGACGGCAUGGCCAUUGUGUCCUAGAAGUUCUAACAACAGGAAGGCGUCGCCUGAAAACAGUUUUGACCCAAAGCUCUGCGUACAUCGUAGUGCGAUGGUGGUGUUUCAGAACUGUGGACGGAUAGAACCCUGAGGUGAGAGUUCAGUCUGUCCAAAAAGGAACACAGUCCACUGGAUGAUGUCCAGCAGUACUGGGCCUCAGUAGGACUCCAGGUGGACGUGGAGAAAACUCUGGCCCAUGUUAUUCAGUGGUGGUCGCCCACAGGUGUGGACUAAAACUACUGGUCACAGCCAGGUGGAAGAGUUGCUGCAACUUAGGAACAGGAACCAUGGAGGUGAGCACUUACAGAACAGUAGCUCACAACCAGGAUGGGGUCAGUUUGGGCUCCACCCACACUGUUCUAGUUAUUUUUACCCUGCUGUCCAGAUCAGGACUUUGCAGUUGUCCAGACUUCAGAGGUGACUUCCUGGGCUGGGCCGGGUUGGUCGGCCAACGUCAGCUGGGAUCUGCUGCAAUAACUGAUGAUAGAAGUGAAGAGACGGAAGGCUCUGGAAAACUGCAUUGAAGUUAAGCGGACAUUUUUGUUUGGCAAAGAAGCCUUUAGCCUUUUAAAAAAGCCAGUCAGUCCUGGGAACAGAAUUGAUUUUCUUUUUAACAGUGAACUACCCGGCGUGGAUGUGUCCCAGGAUUCACGGAAUACAAUGAGACUCAGAAGCAGGAUGGACAGAACAGGAACCUGGGCUGUCCAUCCUGCUGUGGAUGGUUUUAAUGGUCUUAUACUGGUAGGAGACCAGGACGACACGAUCAGGGGAGGGGGUACCCAACAGGACCAAAAAGCACUGCUGAUCGAGCUUGCAUAUGUAAAUAUGUGUGUGUGUGUGUGUGUUGCUGGGCGGCUGAUGACUGCGUUUGGCAUUUCUAUAGUAACAAAAAAAAAAGAAAAAAGCGCUUAACAUGAGUUUGUGCUCAUCAAACAACAAUGACGUCACGACACCCCCUCCUGGGUGUGUCUUUAAUUACACUUAUCUGUUCUGUCUUUGCUCAUCAGAAAAAGAAAAAAAAAAAGACAAAAAACGUCCAACGAUUUUCUUCGUUUGUUUCUCCUGUCAAGCCAUACACGUCGAUACCUCUCCGUCUCAAACACCUAACGUUCAGGUGUGGAGACACAUGUACAGGUAGUUGGAGCGUUUAUUGGAGUGUGAAUGGGUGUGUGUGGGAGUGUGUGUGUGUUUGAUGUACAGCAUUAUGUGUAAUAUAACAUUGUAAAUACCUAUACAUAUAUAUUUGUUCCUUUUUUGGAUUUCUUUUGCAGAGGAAAAUUAUUUUAUUUAGAUUUUUUUAGAGUGGGUGGGUGGGUGGGUGAUGGAGGGAGGAGUCUGAGCUGAGUCUUCUUCUCCUUCAGUGCACUGAACAAGAUUGGAAACUUGUACAAACUGAUGUGAAGACUACAGAGUAGAAACACAGUGGAUCAAGGUGGGAAAAGGGUUUUAUAAUGAAAAUCAAAAAAAAAAAAAAAGAUGAAAAAAGCUCUUUUUUUAAUCUGUCCAAAUCUUUUUUUAUUUCUUUUUUUCCUUCAUUCUGUUGGGUCUAGAAUGUGCAUUAAUUGUCAGGCACUUUUUGUUGUCACUGAUCCUGGAGAAGGUUCUUCAAGGCCGGUCCACACACAGCUGAGAGGGUUGUGUCUUUGCUGUACAACCACGUUGUAUAUCAGUACCUGAUUGGUUGGAAGACGUCCCCCAAAAUGUUUGUGCCAUAAUAGACAAUAUUUUUCAUGGACAGAAACACUCAACAGGAAUGAAAGACAAAGUGAAGAUUUUUCAGUUGGACGUAUUUUGUACAUCUUGGUGUCGACCACAAAAAACUGUGGAGUUGAAGCCAACUGUGUGUGGACCAGGUCUCAAGUUCUUGAUCCUUGGAUCUCGUUCAUCCUACGCCACCCCAGCCUGUAUUCCCUUUAUAAAUAUAGAUAUUUAUCUGGCAUAAAAAAACAUACCAAAGCACCUGUGACUUUACACUUAAAAGCAUUAAAUAAAAAGAGAGAAAAAAAAGAAGAAGAAAAAAAUCAGAAACACGACAUUCAAUCAAUUUGAGUCCGGGGUCCCUGCAAUCACAGAGGGGUUUAGAGAAGUGGAGAAUGGACGUCUGCUCCUGUUCACCCGGGGUUGCUAUGACAGCCUCUGAGAACCCGUGCGGCAACAAUUGUCUGUGCGCCGCCUCAGCUGAUGCACUUGAGGUCUCCAUGACAACCAGAACAGUGUCACGUGACUGUGAAGGACAAUCAGCCAGUCAAUAGGAAAACUACACACACACAUACAUACAGUACUGUGCAACAGUCUGUGGUCCACCUUUAGAGUUCUUUGUCUGCUGACAAGUUCCUGUAAUAUUUUAGUUUAUGGGCCUCAAACCUGGAUACACGGAGAAACUGCAGUUAUCUAGUGUACAGCUUCUCCCUGAGGAGAAAGUAUCCAAAAUGAAGACCUGUGAAAAUACUAAUCAUUAGCACACGUGCUCACAUAGAAUUAGAGAAAAGAAUUAUUGUCUAUUAAGUUAACGUAUACACUAAUAUAUAAUGAACCACAUUUGGUUUACUCCUGCAUGUAUGUGCACGUAGCUCAGCGUGUUAAAGUAGCAUGUGCUAACUCCUAGCUAAUUGUUCUUCUGGGUUUGGGCAAUAGCAAAAGCAGCGUAACAUAGUAGCUUGUUAGCACUUGGUAGCAGCGUUUGCGCGACAUACAGUUCAAAUACACAUGGCUGGUCACCGACAACAAGCCACAACGACAAAGCUAACGGUAGCCCAAGACCUUUGCACAGUUCUGGAAAGGAAAUCAGGAUCAAAUCUAAAAUGAUAUUUCUUGUCACUUUUAUUCCUGCUUUGCCAAAAAUGUCUGCGUAUGUAUGUGCGAGCCUGUGUGUGUGUAUUUUUUUAAUUCAAUUUUUGUAUUUUUUUGUUUGUUUGUUUGUUUGUUGUUGACCAUUGUCAUGCUGUUUAUGCAAGCCUGUGUCAGUGGACAGGAUGUACAGGGGAGGGAAGGAACACAAAUGCCUUUGGUUUUUUUAAAGACGUCGACUGACUUUUAACAACCAUGUUGCUGUUACACUGCAAAGCAAAAGCUUUAAAAAUGAAUCUAAUGUGAAACUGUGUUGUUUUUUAACAGUUUUUUGUGGGUCUUUAAUUGAUUUCUCUUCUUAAAAAGCUGUAUUUUCUUUAAGAAACACUGGAUUCACUUGGAACCAUAACUUUUUGACCGAAACACCUUUCUUUUUUUUCUUUUUUUUUAGACCCACUGGAACCUGCUUUGUACGGUUGCGAAGGCCUACUAAAGUAUAUAAUGUAAUUUCAGUCAUUCUCCGGAAAUAUGACUUAAAUGUUUCCUUGUGUACAAAAAGAAAAAUUAUUUAUCUUAAUUUUAUUGCCUUUUGUGUUUCAUUAAAAUAAGAUUCUUAUAAAAA